AAACAAACUUGGAGAGGAGCUUCCUCGAUCGAUUCCCUAAUAUUCAAAACCCUUCUCUCUCUCUCUCUCUCUCUCUCUCUCUCCCCCCAUUUUCUCUUCUACCAAACACGCCACAAAAGCCCCAUAUCUGAUAUCACUGUCUUUCACCAAUUCUCAGGGAAUCUCUCUCUCUCUCUCUCUAUCCCUUUUCUCUGGAUCGUCACAACUACUACCCGAUUCGGAAGAGAUCAGGUUUCAUCCGGUUUCUUCCCCUUUUGCCGUCCGCCCCAAUUUCGGAUUCUCUCAGGAGGGCCUUUGUAAAUUGUGCCUAAUUCUUGGCCUAAAUCUGGGGGAACUUAAGAGAAAAGAAGGAUGAGAAGAAGUGUUCGAUCGAUACGCCACUUAGCUUCUGCUUUUCAAGAAUGCAGUAGUGCAUCGGCUAGAUUGGUUGGUGGAAGAAGGCACAUGAUUUUGAUACAGGCCAACUCUGCCUCUCUGCAUACAUUACUCACUAACACAGACAGUAAUAGAUUUCUUUCAGACCCUAAUAAAUUCGUCAUCUUUAGAGCUUUGUCUACUGAUGCUGUUGAAGGAGUUCCUAAUUCAGAAGCGUUUGGAAUUCGGUUUCUCAUUUGCUUGCGGAAUUGGAUUGAACUGGUUUCAAUUGCAGAUGGCCACAAGGCAGGGCCGCUUGUGGAAUAUGAAAGAAGGAUUGCCGCUGGAGAACUUCUGGAUGGCGAUAGCUGUCAGUUAGGAACAUUGACAGAACUGCAAAGGCUCUUUGAUGAGAUUGUUGAGUCGGCUGAUGCCUGCAAGUUGGAUCGAUAUUCUACUUCUGAUAAAUCGGGAAGGAGCCGGUGGUUAUGGUCACGCUUCAUUCCACAGUCGACGUAUUCACCUGUGAAAGGACUCUAUCUUUAUGGAGGUGUAGGCACUGGGAAGACCAUGCUGAUGGAUUUGUUCUAUGAUCAAUUGCCUUGCAGUUGGAGAAAAAAGAGGAUCCAUUUCCAUGACUUUAUGCUCAAUGUCCAUAGUCGCUUGCAAAGACACAAAGGUGUGUCAGAUCCACUUGAAGUAGUUGCAGGGGAGAUCUCUGACGAGGCAGUUUUGUUAUGUUUAGAUGAGUUCAUGGUGACUGAUGUAGCUGAUGCAUUGAUACUGAAUCGUCUCUUCGGACAUCUAUUCAGCAAUGGUGUUAUUCUUGUUGCCACUUCAAAUCGUAACCCUGAUAAGCUCUACGAAGGUGGACUACAAAGGGAUCUAUUUUUGCCCUUCAUCCAAACUCUGAAGGACAGAUGUGUGGCUCAUGAAAUUGGCUCGUCAGUAGACUACCGAAAAUUGGGCUCGGCUGAGCAAGGAUUCUACUUCGUCGGGAAGGAUAUAUCCAGCCUCCUAAAGAAGAAGUUUCAGGAAUUGGUUGGUGAACACAAAGUUGGGCCCGAAGAGGUGGAAGUAGUGAUGGGAAGAACACUGCAGGUUCCACUCGCUGCUGAUGGAUGUGCAUACUUUCAGUUUGAGGAACUCUGUGAUAGACCUCUUGGAGCUGCAGACUACUUUGGAUUGUUCAAGAAUUUCCAUACACUUGCACUAGAAGGGAUCCCAAUCUUAGGACUCAACAACAGGACCGCAGCAUAUCGGUUCGUCACAUUAGUCGAUGUUAUGUAUGAAAACCGGGGGAGACUGUUAUGCACAGCAGAGGGAACUCCAUUGGAGCUCUUCCAAAAGAUAGUGACGAUAUCUGAUGCCAAACAAAUGGCCCCUAGAACCUCUACCCGAUCAAGGAGGAGCGACGAGGCUGAUCUCUGUGUUGAUAAUGAACUCGGGUUCGCCAAAGAUCGAACCAUAAGCAGGCAAGUACUUUGCAUCCUAUAUCACACAAAUCCCACUAUUCUGUCUCUGAUUUGGAUCCUGAACUUCGCAAACGAACAAAUGUAGGUUGACUGAGAUGAACAGCAAGGAGUAUUUGGAACACCAUGCUACCAUGAUAGAGGAGAAGCAGCAGCAGCUAUCACAAGAAGCUGCAUCAGUACAGCUAUGAGGUUAAGAUGAUGGCGAAAAAAGGCAGUUCGUUUGUAUACAAAAUACACAUAAAAUACUGGCCUUGUUGGAGCUCUGAUGUUAUUGGUUUAGAUGAAUAAUGAGCGCAUGUAUCAACUUACAUCAGCUGUAAAUUAACAAUUGUAGCAUAUCAGAAUGAUUGUGAUAAAGCCCUUGUUCCUCAGCUGGCUGCUGUAUUUGAUUUAGAGUAACAGAAUAAACCUCUUUU